AUGUCCCGCGCGCCGUCUCUCAAGAAAAGGAGAAGAACCCUAAAGAAGAAAGCAGAGGAGCUCUCCACCCUCUGCGGCAUCGACGUCGCCUACGUCUGCUUCGAUCCCAACGGCAGGGUCGACACCUGGCCGGAAGACCCAAACAGGGUCAAGGACAUCGUCCUCAGAUACGGAGAGGUCAAAUCGAACGAGAAACCAUCCGCCGCCGGCGGCUCCUCUGCUUCGUCCUCCGACGGCGGCGGCAGCGGCAGCAGCAGAGGCGAGAUCCAGGGAGCGGCGGAGACUGUUGGGGAACCGAAGCUGGAUGGGCUGUCGGAGGAGGAAUUGCUGGGUGGGCUUAGACUGGUGGAAGAGAAGCUGGAGAAGGUGAGGAGGAGAAUUGGGGUUCUCGAAGGCGACGGGGAGAGCCGGAAGAAAAGAAGGCGGCGGAAUUGCGACCUACCGACGCUGAAUUUGAUCGAUUUGGUGGGUUUGCCGCCGCGGCCGGCGAAUUCCGAGGCGGAGAAUCGCUGUUCAAGCAGUAGCGGGGCUAGUUCUUCUUCUCCAAGCCGUGGUUCGUCGAUGGUUACUGGAACCCCUCCUCCUGAGCGAAGCAAUUCUGCAACCUCCGACCCCAAAUCGGAAUGGGGCACGCUGAUUUCGCUGUAA